AUGAUCCUACAAAUUAUCUUACUAACAAUUUUUGUAACGAUCGCAGGCAAAAAAACUGUGAAACCUGAGAGUGCAGUGUGUGAAGAACUUAUUGAAUGUUAUGCAAAGUCUCGAGCUAAGGCUGAUGACUGCGUCUCACAAGUGGACAAGCAUGAAUGCUGGAAUGAAACUUUACAACUGGAACUUAAAGACUUGAAUGAUGAAGUGAGUUCAAGUCUUGAAAUUGAGUCACCUACUGCAACAGUUAUUGCAAACGCAAAAAAGAAAGCCAAGUGCAAUUCAAUACUUCGCAAGAAUCCUUACAACAAGUCAGCAAGUGAAAAAGACCAAAGUAAGAAGAAUCAUCGCGCAGUGCAGAAAGAUAAAAAGGGUAACGCGCAACAAAAAACGUGUUUUCGUGAAGCACGUAAAUUACGGACGUAUUGUGGACAACUUUCCAAGUGCUGCACGAUUAGUAAAAUGUACGUAUGCAAAACAAAUAAAUUAAUUGAUGAAAAAAUAAAUGCAAAACGAAUGGAAAUAAAGGAUGCUGAGGAACAAUGUCGCUUGGAACAUGGAAAUAAAGGCAAAAGCAAGGAUGCUAAAAAUCACAGACGUAACGGAGGUCAUCAUCAUUCAAAAGGGCAACGUAGAAAGUCUAAAAAUUCUGAAUCCCAUGCGUGA